AUGCAGCAGCGGAAAGAUGAGAUUCUGGCCAAGAAGGCUAAGCUUGCAGAGCUCAAGCGUCAGCGGGAAUUGCGACAAAAGGAGUUCUCACAGAACAGACAGAGUAUUGAAGGAUCGGAGGUUCUAGCUCCCACUCCCAGCCGCUCAGAUAGCAGAGCAGAGCUCGAUAGUUUUAUUUCACGGCUGGUCGAUCGACCUUCAUCAGCAGCUUUCAAGGACGGGGUAGAAUCGCCCAGGGGUCGAGGAAGUCGUCCCAAUUCAGUCCUCAGUGCAAGCCAACUUAGUGGUGAGAAUAUCGAAUCUGCAACGCCUCCAUCGAGGCCCGUGCUUCUAUCAAUUGCAACUCAAACCACUCCAUUCCCUUCCGAUCUGUCCACCCCAGAACCCGUCCCCCCUAAACCCGAGAUCGUCACAUACAGCAAAGGUGUACAAACAGAUUCAUGGACAGAGCCAAGAAGUCAGUCAACAGAUAGCCAAUCUGAUCUAGAGGGUGCUGGUUCUCCAACAACUUCCCGUGCAAGUAAGCGGUUGAGCCGGAGACAACAACCUGAGCGUGACGAGGAGAUACGGGAGAGGCUACGGAAAGAGAUUGAAGAAGAGAUACAAUCCACGAAAAAAGCGGUUGAGGAUAAUGCUGCACCACAAUCAGCAGGAAUGAGAUAUCCCUUGCGGACCCUUACAAAUGACGAGCUCAAUGCUGUUACCUCGUCGAACGAUUUCUUAGAUUUCGUGGAGAAGUCCAGCAAAGUCAUCGAAAGAGCAUUGGAUGAGGAAUAUGACGUCCUUACAGAUUAUGCAUUGGGUGGGGUUGGUGCAACCGAUGGUGGUGAGAAUGAGUAUGGUGGUAGUAAACGGAGAGGAAUUGAGGAGUUGGUUCAAUUCUACGAUGAGCGAUGGAGCAAGAAACGAGUGAUAAGUGAUAUCAACUUUUCUCCAAAGUUCCCAGAAUUGGUCCUGGCUUCCUACACGAAUAACGUUACCGCUCCGCACGAUCCCAAUGGUAUAGUCCAAGUAUGGAAUCUCCAUCUCCAUUCAAGACCAGAAUACGUCUUUCAUUCCAUGUCAGACAUCCUAACUGCGAAAUUCUCCCCCUUCCACCCAAACCUCAUUGUAGGCGGCUCGUACUCCGGUCAAGUCCUAUUAUGGGACAUCAGAUCAUCUCGCGCAGGAGGCGGCGCCCCCGUCCAAAAAACCCCACUAACAGGAUCUGGCCACACCCACCCGGUCUACAACAUCUCCAUCGUCGGCACCCAAAACGCCCACAACAUCAUCACCGCUUCGACAGACGGGGUCGUUUGUGCCUGGACCGUCGACAUGCUCUCCCAACCCCAAGAAUACCUCGAACUCACCACCCCGCCUCCGUCCAAAACAGAAGACCUCGCCCCAACCACUAUGACAUUUCCCCAAUCAGACCCAACCUUCUUCCUCGUCGGCACAGAAGAGGGCGCCAUUUACCCCUGUCACCGCUAUGACCGUGCAGGCGCCAAAGCAGGAACGGACCACCGUCUCUCAUACCGCGGGCAUGCCGCCCCGGUCAUGUCCACAGCCUUUCACCCAGCAUGCGGAGCAGUUGACCUAGGCGACCUAAUGCUCAGUUCUAGUCUGGACUGGAGCGUGAAACUCUGGCGCGUACGCCCACCCGCUGUAACCAAUACAUCAGGGACGUCAGCCACAAGCCCGGCCCAAGUGGUCUCGCCCGUCCUGGACCUGAAUCGUGAAGAUGUCGUUUACGACGCGCGAUGGUCCCCGCAUCGACCUGGCGUCUUUGCCCUGGUUGAUGGCGCUGGGUUCGUUGAGGUGUGGGACCUGUGCACAGACACGGAGGUGUAUGCGGCACGCGAGGCGCCGACGAAGGCACGCAAUGCAGUUAUUGAGCAGAGUUUGAAUAAAGUUGCAUGGGAGGAGAGGGAUGGCCGUCGCCUGGCGACGGGUGGGCUUGACGGGGUUUUGACGGUGUUUGAGGUUGGGAAGGAUUUGAGUGGAGGUCCUGAUGAAGUGCCUGUUGAGCAGUGGUCGGGUAUGAAGAGGCUCGUGGGGAAGUUGGAGCAGGGGAGGGAUUGA